AUGGCCAUGAAGAGGCUUCCAGCAGCUGCAGUAAUAAACCGGUUCACGAGGCGUGCCUCAGUAUGUGCAGAAGCUUAUAAUCCUGAUGAAGAAGAGGAUGAUACGGAGUCCAGGAUUAUACAUCCAAAAACUGAUGAUCAAAGAAAUCGAUUGCAAGAGGCUUGUAAAGACAUCCUGCUAUUUAAGAACCUGGAUCCGGAGCAGAUGUCUCAAGUAUUAGAUGCCAUGUUUGAAAAAUUGGUCAAAGAAGGGGAACACGUAAUUGAUCAAGGUGAUGAUGGUGACAACUUUUACGUCAUCGAUAGAGGAACAUUCGAUAUUUAUGUGAAAUGUGAUGGUGUUGGAAGAUGUGUUGGUAACUAUGAUAAUCGUGGGAGCUUUGGAGAACUGGCCUUAAUGUACAACACACCCAGAGCAGCUACAAUCACUGCUACCUCUCCUGGUGCUCUGUGGGGUUUGGACAGGGUAACCUUCAGGAGAAUAAUUGUAAAAAAUAAUGCCAAAAAGAGAAAAAUGUAUGAAAAUUUUAUCGAGUCACUGCCAUUCCUUAAAUCUUUGGAAGUUUCUGAACGCCUGAAAGUGGUAGAUGUGAUAGGCACCAAAGUAUACAACGAUGGAGAACAAAUCAUUGCUCAGGGAGAUUUGGCUGAUUCUUUUUUCAUUGUAGAAUCUGGAGAAGUGAAAAUUACUAUGAAAAGGAAGGGUAAAGCGGAAGUGGAAGAGAACGGUGCGGUGGAAAUCGCUCGGUGUUCUCGGGGACAGUACUUCGGAGAACUUGCUCUGGUAACCAACAAACCUCGAGCAGCCUCUGCACACGCCAUUGGGACUGUCAAGUGUUUAGCCAUGGAUGUGCAAGCAUUCGAAAGGCUUUUGGGACCUUGCAUGGAAAUUAUGAAAAGGAACAUCACCACCUAUGAAGAGCAAUUAGUUGCCCUGUUUGGAACAAACAUGGAUAUUGUUGAGCCUACUGCAUGAAGCAAACGUAUGGAGCAAGAAGACCUAUAGUGACAAAAUUACACAGUAGUGGUUAGUCCACUGAGAAUGUGUUUGUGUAGAUGCCAAGCAUUUUCUGUGAUUUCCAGUUUUUUCCUUUUUUUACAUUUACAAUGUAUCAGUAAACAGAGUAGUGAUUUAAUAGGCAAAAGGCUUUAACAUCACUUUCUAAAGAAUAGAUCAUAAAAAAUAUCGACAUACUGAUAAAAUGAUUUUCUACUCCACAAAACUGACUGAAAGGUUUAUUCAAAUGAUUGUAAUAUACUGCAAGUAUCUGUUUAAGAAGAUAAUUAAAGGAUGUUAUCAUAGGUGAUCUGUGUUUGUUUUGACUUACUCAGAAUGAUAUGUCAGUGACUGUGCCCAUGUAAGAGGGAACUCGGCAAUGAAUCAUGCUAUACAGCAUGGCAUCACAUUCUUUUUACAACUCAUUAUAUAUAUAGUAAGUACAAUUUUAAUCAUUUUUCUUUUAAAGUUUUCCUGGCUUGAAAAGUUAUAUGCUGGCCUUGGCCUACUGGUGAAAUGGUAUAAAACAUCAUAUGCAAUUUAAAAACCUUUUAUAUUUUUGCAAUAAAGUACAUUUUGACUUCUUUGGCAUAAUGUCAGUAACCAAUGGUUUUAAGGACAGGCAAUUGAGUCACUGUAAUAGGAAGAAUCUUUUUUUAAGUAAGAGAUCAUUAACACUUUUUCCCUCUGCUUCCUUUUUCAUUUGCAAUUCUCUGUAUUCUUUAUCUUUAAAAAUUUGGCUUUGACAUUUAAUGUCACCAAGUUUUUUUGAAAAGCUAUUUUAAUUUACUUGUUGUCUUCUAAAAGUCUAAGAUCUUACAUAUACUACAAAAAAAUUGUUACCAAAAAUAAUUUGGGGUCCUUAACAUCCCCACAGAUUAUUUUUGUUCUUCAUUUGGUAUCCAUAGUAGCUUUCUUUCAGACAUCUGCUCCCAUAGGGUUCCUCCAAGAUGGUAGAAAUAAAUUUUUAGAAACAAAAUCAUAUGCAAAGAUAAAAGGAAUUUCUGCCCAUGCCAAAUGUACAUUAGGCUUUGCCAUUUGCUUUAGUGCAGAAUGAACUCAACCAGAACAGAUUUUCAUCGAUGAUUUAUAGACUUAUUUUUGGCUGCAUAAGAUGAAUUAUAUUCAACCAAAGCAAUCUAGCCUUACAUUUCUAGCCUACAUGAACCCAAUGUCUAGAGAGUUUAAUUUUAACCAGUUGACUUUUAACCAAUCAAUUCCAUUUUGGAAACAUGUUUUAAAGAAAUAUAUACACAAGUAAAAUUAUUCUGUGGCUAGUGUGGUCUUAUUAGAGAAUGUUUAUGGUCUUACUUGUAUAAUGAAAAUGUGGUUUAAAAUGUGAACCAGAUUUUAUAUAUAUAUAUACAAGAAGUUGUAAAGCAUAACUUCAGCCACAUUUUAGAAUACUUUAACAAUUUUGCAAACUUUCUUGUAGGAAGAGAACUUACUACAUGAAGAUGACUUGUUUUCUUUUUUUCUUUUUCUUUUUUUUUUUUUAGACUGGGAGGUAAAUGAAUAGAGCAAUGUUUUCUAUGCAUUCAUCUCCCCUAGCCUGUGCUUCAAUGUCCCAAAGUUUAAUUAACAGAACAGGGAAGCUACUAUGAAAUUAGCUCAAUACUUUGGAUAACAUGACUUGUUUUCUGUUUGAUUUAUUUUAAAAGCCAUGUUAAUAAAAAAAACACAGGACCCCACAUUUCUGGUUUAUCAUUCUGUAUUCUAUAUUCACUAUUUUGUUGCAUAAGCUCAUUGCUAACUAUUCAUGGAAUAGCAAAAAAAAUGCCUGUUUAAUAAAGAACUCUGAGGCUGUGCCAGUUACAUUAUUUUCAGUAUUGGUUAUAUUUAAAUUUUCCUUAUUAAUAAAGCACACUUUUAUAAUAUA